AUGGGAAAGGCCGUCCCGCGCUUCAUCUUCUCACUGCGACCUUUCGUCGAACACCUCCACUGCACCUCCCAAUUCCCCAUACCUUCAUCUUUCUCCCGCCAGCUCUCUUCUUCCCUCACCCCCUCACCUCCCAAACCCGACCACCAAGACCCCUACGCCCUCCUCAAGCAAGACCCAAUCGAAAUCUGCACCAAUCUCUGGGUCAAAUCCUUCUCCUCUCCGCCCGCCGCCGCCGCCUUCCCCAACCUCACCGGCUUCCUCUCCAAAUUCGACCUCUGGCUCCUCGCCUACCAGCGCUGCUGCGCCCACGUCACCGGCACCUUCCCUCCCCGCAACGCCGUCCACUCCCACGUCCUCCACGACCUCCUCUCCCUCCGCAACGCCGUCAUCAAAGGCACCUACGCCUGGAACAGCAAGCCCAACCAGCUCAUCCGGAGCCCCAUCGACAAGCCCGCCACCCAGGUAGUCUCCAAGAAGAAGCUCCAGGCUAUUCUCGACUCUGACGAGCCUUGCUUCCAGGACCGGGUCGUGCAGGAGGUGCUGCUGAUGAUCCUUGAGCCGGUUUUCGAGGCGCGAUUCUCGCCUAAGUCACACGCUUUUCGCCCCGGCAGGAAUGCCCACACGGUUAUCCGGACCAUCCGGAGCAACUUUGCAGGGUACUUGUGGUUUCUGAAGGGAGAUGUCAGUGAGGUUUUCGACAAUGUGGAUAGGAAUGUGGUGAUGGGGUGCUUGCAGCAGGCUGUUGGGGACAGGAAGAUAUUGGGGCUAGUGAAAUCAGCACUCAGGGCGCCAAAUCGGGUACAAUGUGGUGAUGGUGAGGUGCAGUGGCCGAGGAAGAAGAAGAAGAAGUUAAAGAAGGUUUCGAAGAAGAAGAGGAUUUUGAAUGAGAAGGAGGCGAAACCGGACCCGUAUUGGCUUAGAACGUUUUUCAAUUUUGCUCCUGAGGAAGCAGCUAAGGUACCUUGUUAUGGGAACUGUGGAAUUUUGAGUCCUUUACUUGCUAAUGUGUGUCUUAAUGAGUUGGAUAAGGUAAUGGAAGAGAAGAUUGUCGAGUUUUUUAGGCCGUCUGAGAGUGAUUCGAUAUGGAAAAAUUCGAUAAAUGAUGGGUGUCAUAACCCGGCUUGGCCGGAGUUUGUGCCUGCGAGUGGGAAUGAGAAAACAAGGAAAAUGGAUUACAUUAGGUAUGGGGGUCAUUUCUUGAUUGGUAUUCGGGGGCCUAGAGAGGAUGCAGUGGAUAUGAGAAAGCAGAUCAUUGAGUUUUGUGAGAGAAGAUUCGGAUUAAGGUUGGAUAAUUCUAAGUUGGAGAUUGAACACAUAACUAGGGGGAUUCAGUUUUUGGACCAUAUAAUUUGCAGGAGGGUUAUACACCCUACACUUAGGUACACGGCCACUGGAGGUAAUGUUGUGAGUGAGAAAGGUGUAGGAACUUUGCUUUCAGUUACUGCUAGCUUACAACAAUGUAUUCGCCAAUUCCGGCGGCUCGCAUUUGUUAAGGGUGAUAAAGAUCCUGAGCCAUUGCCUUGCACUCCAAUGCUUUACUCGAGUCAAGCACAUACUAACUCCCAGAUGAAUAAGUUAUUGGAGACCAUGGCUGAUUGGUACAGAUAUGCUGAUAAUCGUAAGAAAGUUGUUGGCUUUUGUGCCUAUGUAAUUCGCAGCUCUUUGGCUAAACUGUAUGCUGCAAGGUAUAGACUAAAAUCAAGAGCCAAAGUUUAUAGUAUAGCUACCCGUGAUCUCAGUCGUCCACUGAGGGAGAGCAGUAACAACUCUGCACCUGAGUAUUCUGAUCUAUUACGGAUGGGACUUGUUGAUGCAAUUGAAGGAGUCCGGUUCUCUCACAUGUCCUCGAUCCCAUCUUGUGAUUACUCGCCAUUUCCUAGGAAUUGGGUUCCAGAUCAUGAGAGGCUGUUACAAGACUACAUCAGACUCGAAGACCCAAAGUUCUUCUGUGCCUUACAUAGAUCAAUUAAAAGAGAUGGUUUGAGUUUGCCUCAAGAUGAAAUCUCUGCACUUCUGUGGCAUUUCAAAUCCGUUGGGGUUCGGAACUAUCUGCUAAAGGAGAAAAGGAAACGAAAACAUGAUGGCUUGGAAAUCCAUGGUACAUGAUGAAAUCUAUCAG